GAAAAACCUUCAUCUUUUUUACUCAUUCCUGUUUUCUCACCGAGAUAUGACUCAAUAUCAUUUAGAAAACGCUAUUGAAAGCGUACCCACCCACAACGCGUAUGAUGUUCUCGAGGACGAUGUCCCUCUUGAUAAGCGAAGUCAUGAUGACGCUACAGUCAAUGACGAAACCAACAACAAUGAAAAUCACACUUCUUCCACCAGGGAACUAAACCCUGAAUCCGACACAACCAGCGGUUCCUUCUGGACACGCGUGCGCUCAUUGCCGAUUGUUCAGGAUAGCCUGGGAAAAGUUCAACAUUAUGCCAAUCAGAAUACGCUUAGUCGUUAUGCAUUACAACAAGCCGAGAUCACUUUGAAUAUUGCCACUCAGAUUGCGUCGCCAUACACCAGCCGAUACGAACAACAGCUCCGAAAAGCCGACGCUUUCGGAUGCCGCUCGCUUGAUAUGAUUGAACAAAAAUUCCCCGCUGUUUGUCAACCGACGAAUAACCUGAUUGAAGCCGUCAAGCAAUCGCCUCAACAAAUGUAUCAAGUCGUCACCGCACCAGUCAAUCAGCGUUUUAUGGAUGCCGCUGAUAACAUUCAGUCUAUUGUCGAUAAAUGGUUGCCCAAAGAAGAAGAACAACAACAGCGCGAAACCAAAGAUAAGGAACAGAAUGAGCGACAGCAACAACAACAACAAGAGGAAGAAGAUAAAAAUGCCAAGGUUCGAUUCUAUCGUCUGGCCAAUGAAGUCAAGCAUCGUUUGUCACAUCGUUUGUAUCGUGGAAUGGAACAUUUGCCGCACUCCAAGUCCGAUUUGGCUCACCUCGCUGACACCAACCGUUUGUUGCAAGAAGCAGCAACAAAUAUUGGUCAGCUUAGCAGCCACCUCCACGACUGGGUCACGUAUCGUAAGAACCUCGCCAACGAACAGUUACAUCAAACACAAGCUACCGCAAACAAACGCAUUAAUGAUCUGACGAUGGAGUUGAUCGGACGCUUGGAUACUGCCUCUGCAUAUAUGAAAGAACACAGCCAUGGGAAAAUACCAGGUUUUAUGACGCCACUAGUUGAUUUUGCAAGCCAUGAAUACGAUAUUAUUCGCACCGAAGCACUAAAACCGGAAUUGGCCCCGCUCCAGAAAGCAUCCAACAUUGUACAGUUGACCCACGCUUAUGUUCUGCCGUUACUGCAAUCGUCCAUUGAUGGUAUUCAAGAACAACUUCGUUACUACACCGUCUAUGCUCGCACUUCGAAGAACAGAGUGGUCCAUGACUUCAAAGGUCAACUGAAUCAUCUCGGUAUUCACGCAUAAAUUUUUACUUGAUUGCCACUUUCCCCCGCAGCGCAUGCCCAUUCAGCACAUAAAAAAACGUCAUCCGGUAUUUUUCUUCCCUUUCAAGUUAGAAAGAAAAAAAAGUUUCCCCAUUUUAUCAUUGUAAUCAAAUAACAUUGCUUUCUUCCCCAUUUCCUUUCCCCCACUCCUUGGUUCCUCUAGCGUAGCCACUUGUUUCUGUUAAGCUCGCCAUGAACAUUCAUUUGCAAGAAAAUAUAUUUUAAAAAUAAAAGCAUCAAAUCAAAGAAUUUAUCAUCUCAUC